AAGCAGCUGCCGAGUUCUCGUGUCAGCCAGUCUGUUCCGAAGUAAUUUUCCAAGAGCAACAUGGGUUUCCUGGGUCUCUUAGCGGUCUUGAUUUUGGGUCUUUGUUCUAGUGUCCAGGCAUCUUUGGUGAAAUGCUCUUGUGAUCCUGGUCCGCCGGGUGAACGAGGACCUCCUGGUCCUCCCGGACCUCCAGGAAACGCUAACGGUCAUCAUGGCAGUGGUUCCGGCUACUGGGGCUAUCCAGGUCCUUAUCCUCCGAAUGUGCCCAUUGUUCCGGGUCCUCGAGGACUACCAGGACCCCCUGGCCCUCCUGGAUAUUGCUUCCCCUGUCCAGCGGCUCCACCUCUGCGAUCCUUUCCGCCACCGGGAGUGCCUGUUCCACCUUUUGUUUCCACCCAAGCGGUUCCUGGUAGUGGGUUUGGGGGAGCUUCGGCCCUAACCACCGCUGUGGGCAACAUUAUAGUGAUUCCCGCAGGUGCGGGAACUGGUUUAACUGGCCGGGCACAGUUCUUCCACAUUUCACCGGAUGGUCAGGUGAUGCAGAUCGAUCGACCACAGAAUAUUCCCACUGAACUGCUAUUCGACUCACCGGCUAAUCAAGGUGGUAGUGCUCCCGUUCCGCCACCUCAGCCCACAUCGGCAUCUCUGUCGGGAAUUACACCGCCGGCAAUGCAGUUGGCACCCACUCAACCCACGCCUGGAGAACUGGGAACUCCGCAGACCACAUUACUACCGGAAAAUAUAGAGGAAACGGUGUUCGCAGUGGGCAAUCGCAAGGACUUCCUGAGAGGCAGCUCUGAUGCCAGCGAUUGGAGGAGGAUCCUCCUCUUGGGCGAGAGACCCCACGAUGGCCUACUGACUGCCAAGGGUCAAUCCGUCCAGCAGCACAAUCCCAAUCAGCUGGAGAGCAGCAUGGAAAACUUCCAGAGGGCUCUGGUCGAGCUGAAGGAGAAGUAUGCCACGCUCGUCCAACCUCGAAGUGCCAACCAAUACGCAGUUAUCAUUUGAAAAGGAAAGUUUGGUUUGGAGCUAGUUAAAUAUUUUAAUCAACACAGUACUGAUAAUGUCUAAAAAGAUAAUAAAUUAACCUUCUGAAUUAAGUAACCAUUUCCGAAAACAGAUUUCUCUUUUAGGCUUGCUCUUGUGUGUUCAUUGAAUGGUUUCAUGCAACUGGUUAUCAAGUGCUAAUUGUUGAUUAAGUAAAAAAAUAAACGAUCAUCGAACUCUA